CGAGGCAAGGGUCAAUAUCACGGAGGUCAUAUCAACAUGCAACUCGUGUGAUAUCUCUCGAGGACAUCAACAGUACAAAAUAGGAAAGGAAUCAUUUUGGUUGACAAGUUCACACUUCUAAAGAUGUUUUACGAGUUUAGUUUACUAAAGUAUUGGAUUGCGUUUGGAUGCGGUGUAGUAUAAGCAACAUGGUGACCUCUGUGAACACUCCACUAAAAGUCUUGUUGCAAACAAUCGGAUCGAUACUGAGUGGACAGAUCAUUAUCCACACCAGACAGCAUCCUACAGACAUUAACUAAAAACAUUCCAACAUGGCCGUCACGCCACAGUUUUCUGUGGCAGACUAUGCAGUCUUCGCUGUGUCCCUCCUCAUCUCAGCAGGCAUCGGCUUGUAUUACGCACUAACUGGUGGCAAACAGCGUACAACUCAGGAGUUCCUGAUGGCCGACAGGAAGAUGUCGGCUGUUCCCGUGGCGAUGUCACUCAUGGCCAGCUUCUGUUCAGCCAUCGCUCUGCUGGGACAGCCUGCAGAGGUGUACAGGAAUGGCUCAGAAUACUGGAUGUUGGGGUUUGCGUACUUCCUGAUGUUGCCUCCCGUUGCCCUGCUGUACCUCCCUGUGUUCUACCAGCUCAAGCUGACCAGCUGCUACGAGUACCUGGAGCUACGCUUCUCCAAACCUGUGCGCCUGGUUGCAACGGUUAUGUACAACAUACAGAUGGUGUUGUACAUGGGGAUUGUGCUGUAUGCACCUGCACUGGCUCUCAAUGCUGUAACUGGGGUUGACCUGUGGGGCACAGUUCUUGCCCUGGGUGUCAUCUGUACUUUUUACACCACUGUGGGAGGGAUGAAGGCGGUUAUCUGGACUGACACGUUCCAAACAGUCGUCAUUCUGGCAGGACAGUUAGCUGUACUCAUCCAGGGCAGUAUAGAUAUUGGAGGGUUUCACAAGGUGUGGGAUAUUGCCACAAGUGCUAAGAAGGUGGAGUUCUUUGACCUUGACCCCAACCCUCUGACCCGACACACCUUCUGGACGCUGUCUGUAGGUGGGACUGUGAUGAUGAUGGCCCUGUAUGCAGCCAAUCAGGCAACAGUACAGAGGUAUCUGAGUGUAAAGUCUGAGCGAGCAGCUAAGGUGACCUUGCUGGUGACAGCACCAACUCUGCUGUUCACUCUGCUGCUCAGCUGUCUGAUUGGUCUCGUCAUGUACGCACGGUAUGCGGACUGUGACCCCAAGGCCAUGGGUAAGAUCAACAGUUAUGACCAGCUGCUGCCACUAUUUGUGAUGGAGAUCAUGAGGUCUCUGCCUGGCAUGCCUGGUUUAUUUGUAGCCUGCAUCUUCAGUGGUGCCCUCAGCACCAUUUCUUCUUCUCUCAACUCCUUGGCUGCUGUUACUCUGGAAGAUGUCAUCCGACCAUUCACCAAGGACAUGUCUGAGACGAAGAUUACAUGGAUCAGUAAAGGGCUGGCUUUUGCUUAUGGAGUUGUCUGUAUGGCCAUGGCCUGGGUGGCCUCUCAGAUGGGAGGAGUUCUGCAGGCUGCUCUGAGUGUGUUUGGCCUGGUGGGUGGUCCUCUGCUUGGACUCUUCUCCCUGGGCAUGUUCUGUCCCUGUGCCAAUGCCAUUGGUGCGUUUGUUGGCCUUCUCAGCGGCCUCGCUGUAUCACUCUGGAUUGGCAUUGGUGCAUUUGUCUCCCGCUACACUGCUCCUGCACCCCCUGCACCACAAGUGCCUAUGUCGUGCUACAGUUUUGCAUCAAACUCUACAAUCAUUUGGAGUCGGGCCAACGAAACCAUACAGUCUACUGUAUCCAGCCUUGGGAUGGAAACAACUGCUGCACCGACAAACGUGACGACAGGCACAGAGACUUUCCCUGUGAGCAGCAUCUACAGCCUGUCCUACCUGUGGUACAGUCUGGUGGGAGCGGCUGUGGUCAUCAUCAUUGGUCUCCUGGUCAGCUUCCUGACGGGAUGCUCACGGGGUAGGAGGCUAGACCCCAGGACAAUCUCGCCCGUGUGCCGGUGGAUGUGCCAGUGUCUGCCUGAGCAGGUUGCCAUGGAAACAGAGCGUAGGGCAGAGGAGUGUCAACAGUUGCAUGAUGCUGACAACAACCAGGAACAUCCAAGUGGUGUCCCCAAACAGGUAUCAGAGCCAUCUUUAGCAGAAAUAGAAACUUCUCUGUAGCUUGUACUGGACAUUUACUACAUUUUAUGUAAAAGAUGCCUUCUAUCAUUCUGCUGUGCUCAUGUUGCAGCAUAUUUAAUUGUGUCUUGACAAGAUUAUAACUUGGGGUAUAAGGACAUCACAGAUAAAGAUCUAGUCAAGCUUUACAUACAAAGGACUUGUAGCUUUCAUGGUAAUUGUUUGGUACAGGAGACAAAGAGAUUAUACAUUUAGACAUGCAACAUUUAUACUGUACAUUUAGUGAGUAUAUACCUAGUGAGUAUAUUACCUAUGUUUAUUUGUAGCAGACAAUGAUGAUGAUGAUAAAUAGCAAACAGGAGGGUAUUUUUAUGUAGAAGACUACUGUAAAAAAAUGUCAAGUGAUUUUAUCCUCCACUCCGAGUCGUGUGGCAACUGAUAUAAACUCAGGUAUUUGUCAAAGCAUACGAUUUGUUGUAUUUUCUCAAAGCACAUGUUCUGUGACCAAAGUAUGACAAAAGAAUGGACCUUGUCUUUUAUAGCCAAGGUCAAAUUGACAAUUUAUGGAAGACAGCCUCUGGACACCCCAAAAACUGAUUCAAGCCAGCCAAAACUUUGAAAUCUCAGUGAAUCACCCAAACCUUGUCCGAUGCAGCCUUGUCCUACAUCAAUGGUAUACCAGUCAACAAUGAUCCUGCCAUGGCCUUGUCACAAAUCUCUGUAUAUAGUUCCAGAGCAGCAUGCCAUGAUUUCUUAAUCUCAAAACUUGCAGGAAUAGAUGUGUGUGCAGAUGUCAUCCCUAUGGCCGGGUCAGUGUGGCCUAAAGCCAUAACAAUCGUAUGGCUUCUUCCUAAUGUGUCCAGUGUGGGGACAUCUUAAUACAUGUACGUACAUGUAUUUAUUAGGGCUUUGCCAUCAUUAAAGUUAAUACAGUAUUUAAUACUAGGACUUGAUUUUGAUGCCAACUUGUAGUUUACUUUUUUUUCAUAUAUGAUGAGUUCACUGGCUACUGAUUGUUAACUGAGCAAUCUAGACCCAGAAUAUCAGACAUACAUGUAUAUCCUCUAUGUAGUAGUACAGUGUAUUUAACAAUUUACAAGAAUUGAAUGGCAGGGAGGUUUGUAAUUCAGAAUGAUACAUUAAGAUGUUGAAAUAUGUGCACUGAUAAGUGCACUGUCUAGUGACCAAAUGUGUUGUGAAUCAAGUAAACUUUGUGAUAACCAUUGAGAGAAAAUCGAUAUUUUGAUUAUUACCUGUUUAACAGUACACUCAGUUUUAGUAACGAAUUUGGGCCUUAAAUGUACUUAUGAAAUGUAGUCUAUGAACAUGAAGCCAUAUUAUGUUUUUUCCACUUCAAGCAUGCCGAUAAUACCAUGUGUAUAUUGU